ACGUGGCCGAAGCGGACUGUCGAAAUGGCAUCGGGAGUUGGUGUAGCAGAUGACUGCGUCAGCGUCUUCAACGACCUGAAGCUUAAGCAUAGCAUGAAAUACAUCGUGUACAACAUGAAUGAUAAGAUGACGGAGAUCCAAGUUAUGAAGACUGGAGGCAAGGAGGCGACCUACGAGGAGUUCUUGAAGGAACUGCCCGAGAACGACUGCAGAUAUGGCGUGUUCGACGUAGAGUACACUGAUCCUAAGACCAAGGCAAGCCGCAAUAAGAUAGCGUUUUUCAUCUGGUGCCCUGACACCGCCAAGGUUCGCACGAAGAUGAUCUUCGCGUCAUCAAAGGACGAGCUGAAGAAGCGACUUGUGGGCAUUGCAUGCGAGGUUCAGGGUUCGGAUGCUGGUGACGUUGCUUUGGAAACUGUUGUUGAUCGGCUACAGCAGAUUUAAGUUUGUUUCGAAGGCUUGUUUCAUGUGUCGAAACCUUCUUGGGACGUUAGAUGCCAGGGGAGCAGGUUAUCCUCAACAGAUCUUUGUUCCUUCUACAAGGAUGUGCUGUAUCCUGCAAUGGAUUGCAAUGUGCUAUAGCGUGCAAAUUGCUGCCCUCCUACCUUGAACGGCGACGUUGAAAUGAGCAGGGCGGUUGUGUCGAUACUUGGAUUUAGAAAAUACUUGUUGGAACCUCUGAAAAAUGACAAUUAAUUUUCAUGAAAAUACACAUGAUCAGAGUGUCUUG